UUUCUCGAUGCCCGAGGAGACGUUCCGCCUGCGGUACCGCUUGACGAAGGACAUGGCGCGAUGGCUGUGCGAAGAGCUUCGCCAUGAUCUGGAGAGGCGGCGUACUGGUACGCGAACCGCCGCGACCGUCGAGCAGCAAGUGCUUUGUGCCCUUCGCUUCUUCGCUACGGGCAGCUACCAGGGCGCGAUCGCAAGCGACGAGGACUUGGCGACGAGCCAGUCAAGUGUGAGUCGCUCGAUUCACGCUGUCGUCGAAGCGAUUGUGGAGCGCCUCGGCGAUGAGUGGAUCGCCUUCCCUGCCAGCGCCCAGGAACUGGCCGCGGCGAAAGAAGGCUUUCUCAACAUGGACGCAAGGUUCGCAGGCUGCAUCGGGGCGGUCGACGGCACGUUCAUUUGUAUUCGGGCGCCGUACGACACGGACGACAACAACAAAGCGGCGUACUUUUGCCGCAAGGGCUAUUACGCCCUCAACGCCAUGGUGGUGUGUGACGCAACCCUGCGCAUCACUGCCCUGGAGCCCACAUACCCAGGCUCGGUGCACGACGCUUUUGUGUGGAGGGCAUCCACCUUGAGCCGGGAGUUCAGCGCUGGCAGCCGUGGCCAGGGUGGCGAAUUCCUGCUUGGUGACAGUGCAUAUCCGCUGCAGCCUUGGCUGCUCAACCCCAUCCCCGGAGCACAUCAAGCGGGAUCCCCUGCGGCCCAGUUCAAUCGCGCCCACUCCUCACUGCGGUGUGUCGUGGAACGGUGCUUUGGAGUCCUCAAGGCCCGCUUUCGGUGCCUGCAGAGGUACAGGGCACUGUACUAUGGCCCACUCUUCACGUCGAAGAUCAUUGCAGCUUGUGUGGUGCUUCACAACCUUUGUGUCCGGCAGCAGCUGCCAGAGCCAGACGACAUCCCUGGUACUGAGGAACGUGAAGAUCCAGACCUUUACGACGAUGGUGACGACGAUGGGGCAGCAGUUGGCAUGUACCAGGCCGGUGCGCAAAGGCGGGAUCACCUUCUGCGGUGUUUUACUGCUUCCCAGGACAGCACAUGAAGGGUGUUGCAUCCCUGUGAGAUGUGCACAGAAAUGAGACAGAAGCAGAGUUUUUUUUUCCAUCUUGUGGCAAAGUAGCCACUUGCAUUCUGUUCGAUCAUAAGCCUAUCACAUACACUUAUGUUCUUACAGGAUUUGUAUUCUGAUGAAACAUUCGUUUUAGUUCAUUGGUAAUAAUAAUAGCUUAGGCUUAACACUCUAAAACCAUGACAUUAAUAUGAGGGGUGCUGUAGUGGAGGGCUGCGGAAAAGUUUCGACCGCCGGGGGUUCUUUAACGUGCGCCCAAAUCUGAAUACACUGGCCUCAAACAUAUUCGCCUCUAUCAAAAAUGCAGCCGCCGCAGCUGGCAUGCAGUCCCACCUGCCUGUUCAUUCAUUGACUGCAUGCUUAUUGUAUCAGGCAGUUAUGCAAAGGCGUGCACAGUUGCCGCAGUGAUUCAUACUAGGGCGAGUUUGAGACGAGUGUAACUCUCUGGAAACAGUCCUUUUUAUCAUGCAGCAGUGUAUGCACCUUAAAUAGCACCGCAGAGCAUCGUUUUAAGCACUAUUCACACUGGGAACAGAGUAGAC